AUAUUCAAUUUAUUGCAUUAGCAAAAAUUAAAGGAUUUUCUGAUCGUUUAAGGAAAAAUGGGACUAUAGCUAAAAUGAAGCAAGUAGAUGCAGAUGCUGUAGAAGUUUUCUUAAAAAAUUCUGGUUUCGAAGGAACAAUUGUUGGUAAAGAGGGAAAAAGUGUUUUGGUUGAAGUUACUGGUAAUGUUAAUAUACAAG